GGCACUGAAACACAUUAUCUCAUUCACCUCCUGAACAAAGAUGGAUCUGCAAGUCUCAGUUUUUCUUUUGCUCAUUCUUUUCACUGGAGGACACUCUCUCAGAUGUUAUGAGUGUAAGGGUCUGACGGGUUCUUGUGCGGAUCAAAAGGAGAUCACUUGUGAAGCUGAAUCUUCCAAGUGUAUGAGUUUAACAGCGGUGACACAAAUAGGUGACAGUAGUCCUACAGUUAAGGUUAAAGGUUGUGCUUUACCAAAUGACUGUCAAACCGCAUCCUACAACUUUGGCAGUGCAAAGAUGUCUUCUUUCUGCUGUGAUACUGACCGUUGUAACGCCCAGGAUGCUCCAGAUUCCAACUCCAAUGGAAUGAAAUGUUACUCUUGUGUUGGGAAGAGCUGCUCAAACACAGUGACCUGUUCAGGGAGUGAAGACCGCUGCAUUACAGCAACAGGCAGUUUCGGAGGCCAGUCACUGGGUGUGAAAGGCUGUGUCUCUAAAGCCAUUUGUAAUGCCACAAAAUCGGUUCCUAAUGUUCAGGACAUCUCAUGCUGUUCAGGGAACCUGUGUAACAGUGCUCAGAGUGUCACUCAGAGCUUCCUGUUCCUCUGCUGUUCUCUGCUCUCCUUCAUCCUGCUGCACAUGGAUCUGCAAAUCUCAGUUUUUCUUCUGUUUAUUCUUUUCACUGCAGGACACUCUCUCAGCUGUUAUGACUGCACAAGUCUGUCGGGCUCUUGUACCCAGACAAGUCAGUGUUUUACUGGAUUUACCAACUGCUUCAGCGCAACAGUUACUGUCAACAGUACUACAGUGAAGGUUAAAAGUUGUGCUCCAGCUGUCUGUCCAAGUGGAUCCAUCAACCUUGGCAUUGGAAAAGGCUCUUCUCUGUGCUGUAACACUGAUCUCUGUAACGUCCAAGAUGCUCCAGAUCCCAGCACUAACGCUCCCAAUGGAAAGACGUGUUUCUCAUGUGAUGGACAGAGCUGCUCAAACACAGUGAGCUGUUCAGGGAGUGAAGACCGCUGCUUUAAUGCAACAGGUGAGAAUCUGGAAAAGAAAGAAGUGACUAUUGGAGUCCAGUCACAGGUUUUUAAAGGCUGUGUCUCUAAAUCACUUUGUGAUGCCACAACAUUGAUUCCUAGUGUAGGAAGUGUCUCAUGUUGUUCGGGGAACCUGUGUAACGGUGCUAAGAGCGUCACUCAGAGCUUCCUGUUCCUCUGCUGUUCUCUGCUCUCCUUCAUCCUGCUGCACUGAAUCCAGCAGCUCUACACAUUCUACAGCAGCAGCAAAGACACAAUAUUGUGUGCUUUACAAACAUAUAGCUUGUAUUACCUCUGCACUAUCUUUGAUUUGGUGUGAAGAAUUUAACAAGAUAUUCAAAAUCUGAUAAUUGAGAUAUACUGUAUAUAUAUUGUCUACACAAUAUUAACAUAUUGAAAAUGAAUUACUUUAGAUUCACUGAAUAUUUACUCAACUCAUUCCUGUCAGAAACUGCAGAAGGAUGUUCCACUAAAUCCAUCUGUGAUAGCAGAUGUCUGUACCACAAUAACACCUUUGCAGUUUUAUGUAGGCCUAUUUUGCUAUAUUGGUAAAUUCUUUGUUUAAAGAGGACAUCAGAUGCCCAAGUUGGUAUGAUUCUUUAGGGUCUUCAUGAAAUG